AUCACCUUUAACAUAAAAUGCUUUUGCAGGGCCCGAUGACUCAAAUCCGCACUGUUAGCAUCGGUGAGAAGAGACAGCCUGUUAACCACACCACUGUCAGCAAAACACACACCACCAACACCUCCACUUCCAAACCCACUACUGGAACCAGGAAACCGCGUGGCGACGCCAAGAAGUGCCGAAAGGUGUACGGCAUGGAGAAGAGGGACCUGUGGUGCACAGCGUGCCGCUGGAAGAAGGCCUGCCAGCGCUUCACUGACUGAGCUUUAUCCUUUACCCCACUUCAAAACGUGCUCGUUUAUUGCGGC